CAACUCUUAUAUCAAAUGUAACUCCAACACCAAGGAAUAGAAGAGCAAAAGUGACUGAUGAUAAUGAAGCAGGUCAUUCACGUCCUAAUCGAGGCAGGGUGGAAGGUCAUAGAAGAUUGUUCAAUGAUUACUUUGCUGAUCAACCAGUCUAUCCAGCUCGUUUAUUUCGUCGAAGAUUUCGAAUGCAGCGACAUGUCUUUGUUCGGAUUAUGGAUAAUGUCAUUGCAAGUGAUGAAUGGUUCACUCAAAAAAGAGAUGCUACGGGUCAGUUAGGUUUAUCGCCCCUACAAAAGUGUACAGCGGCUAUUCGAAUGCUUGCCUACGGGGUAGCGGCGGAUUCGCUUGACGAGUAUGUGCGAAUUAGUGAAAGUACAGCUCGAAUAGCAUUGAUGAAAUUUACGAAGGGGGUCAUCAAGAAAUUUGGUGCGGAGUACUUGAGACGGCCUACUCCAGACGAUUUGGCUAGACUACUCAGAUUCGGUGAAGAUCGUGGAUUUCCGGGCAUGGUUGGUAGCAUAGAUUGUAUGCAUUGGGAAUGGAAAAAUUGCCCGACUGCAUGGAAAGGACAAUUUCAAGGAAGAGGUGGUGUUGCUACUUUAGUUCUUGAAGCUGUUGCUGAUCGUGACUUAUGGAUAUGGCAUUCUUUCUUCGGGAUCCCAGGUUCGUGCAAUGACCUAAAUGUUCUUCACCGAUCUCCUGUGUUUAGGGAUGUUUUAGAAGGUCGAGCACCCCCCGUGCAGUUUACGGUGAAUGGUAACCAAUAUGAUAAGGGUUAUUAUCUCACUGAUGGUAUAUAUCCGAAUUGGGCAACAUUCAUUCAAUCAGUUACAUGUCCUCAUACUCUCAAGGACAAGUUAUUUGCUCAACACCAAGAAGGAGCUCGAAAAGAUGUAGAGAGAGCAUUUGGGGUGCCAAUCUCGGUUUGCAUUUUCGUAAACCAUCCCUCGCAUGGGAUGAGGAAAUUCUCAAUGACAUCAUGUUGUCUUGCAUUAUCAUGCACAACAUGA